AGAAAGAUUGGCGGGACUGAACCAAUGACAGCGAUCCGUGCAUUAAUAUCAGCCAAUAGGAGCACAUCAAAGCAGCAGUCUCUAACCGCCACACACCCACAUUACUUUUGUGUCAACCACUUCGCGGGAGUUGUCGCUACAGGAGCGUUCGUCUCUUUACAACUGAAAAACAGUAUACAGGAGACAAGUAGGUAUAUUUAAGAUGCAUGCAUGCAGCUGACUAAAAAUUGGUGGGGUUAUUGUCAUUUAAGUUCCAUGAAAACGAUAACGUUUGUACCCAGUGUUACAUGGCAUUAUUUUUGUCUUAUGGGAUGAAUGAGUAGCUAGUUAUCGUCCUUUAACAGUAGCCAAUCAACAGCUCAUCGUUGUUGGUAAAGCAUGUGAUGAGAUGCUGGUAACAAACUCUUCUCACUAAGAAACCUUACUCACUCUUUUUUUUUUUUUUUUACAUCCAAAUGAAGCUCAAACGUCGUUUUUUUUUACAUAAUAUUGUAAUAUUUUUCAUGGCGCUUUCACGUUGGAACGGAAUAGUUGAAUUCCGCUGCUCUGUUACGUUUGCGAUGUUAGCUGCUGAAAUGUGCUCUCGCUUUGCAGACUCAUAUGUCAUAUGAUUGUUGAAACCUCGGCUACAUUUGAGACGAUAAUCUCAAAUGUCUUGCGUAUCCAUAGAAACUACGCAGAGCGCGCAUCCAGCGAGCUGAUGGAAGUUAUGCAACACUUGUAGAAAUGGCUAUUUGAAAUAUUAUGUGUCGGUCAUUAUGUAAUGAUAGCUUCGUCACCAAGUGGUCGUUUUUUCUUAUCUCUGCCUGGAAGUACCCUAAAUCUCACACGGUGAUAAGAUGACUUUUUUGUAUGCUCAGGAUCUCGAGUACAUUGUAUUGUGUGUGUGUGCGCCAAUGCGCCUGUGAAGAUGAUGAAUCCUCCGCUGUGUUUUGGUUUCCCAGGGCAACCAUGUCUGAUAGGAAGGCAGUGAUCAAAAAUGCCGACAUGUCGGAAGACAUGCAGCAGGAUGCCGUGGAGUGUGCCACUCAGGCCCUGGAGAAGUACAACAUUGAGAAGGAUAUCGCUGCAUACAUCAAAAAGGUAAAAGCACUGCCGACGCAUUCAACACCUUCCAAAGCACAUCGUAGGUUUCCACAGUAACAAUUCCAGGUAGUGAAGUGUGACUACAAAAAUAUGGAAUGUGAUCAUGGGACUAAAGCAAGGUUGUAUAGCUGUUUUGUUCUUACAGACUAAACGCCCUGUGCAUCAUCCGUGUUACACUCACCGCCGGUAUUUGUAAUUGUUUCCACUCUUCCUGUGGAAACCUGUUCCUCUCGGACUGACUGUCCUGCAAAAGCCACUCUCCCAAAUUUUUCCUUUCCACAGUGCAGGGAGGGGCACACCUCCAACUGAGAUACAGGAAACAUCUUUUAAUGAGUUCUCAGUUGUUUCAGUAGAAAAACUGUUUUAGCCUUCAGGCAUUUCUAAGAGUGGAACAGGAUGCACCACCCCCUUUAACAGGGUUAGUUUCUACAGCUUUGGUUAGAUGACAUUGAUUGUCUUUGUUUCAAAUGUUACGGAUUUAGUGAAAUAAUUGCAGACAGGUUACUCAAAGAAACCAUCACAGCAGUUUAACAAGGGGAGAAGUCAGCAGAUUUUCUAUUGAUGAAUAGUGGAGUUUCCAUGACAGCAAAUUAAGCCUGUUUGACUUGCAUCCAUGGCUCUUUGAUGAUAAAAGUUUUUGUGAUGUUUACUUUUGUCUUAGCUUUUAAUAUCAUAGGCUUUGAGUAAAAAGAUCAUGCAUGAAAGCAUUCAACAGUGCAACCUUUUUAUUAUUAUUAUUACUUAAAAUAGUGUUUUAUGGCUUAUUCAAAUGUAUUCAUUCAUUAUGACUGAUCAACAUAAUCUUUUUCUUUCAUAGGAGUUUGACAAGAAAUAUAACCCGACCUGGCACUGCAUCGUUGGAAGAAACUUUGGCAGUUACGUGACUCACGAGACCAAGCAUUUCAUUUACUUCUACUUGGGUCAGGUGGCCAUUCUGCUGUUCAAGUCCGGCUGAGAGAACGCAUUUUCCCCACAUCAGCUGACCACACAUACAUUACUGACUGACUCGACAAAGGCACUUAUCAUUCCUUGGCAAGGGGCCGCUGCCUUUUUCUGUGCUGCUUUCUACUUUGUUUUUGAGGAUAAAAAAAAAAAAAAACGUGGCCAUGUUAAAGAGAUGAAACACUUGUAUUUAUUUUUGUCUUGUUACAGUAGACAUGUCAUUUUUUUAAUUAAAGUGUAGCUUUUAAGCUGUCUGGGUCCAAUGCUUGUUGUGGUCAUUUUAUGUUCCUGAAGUGACUUCUUUGCGAGUUACACAAUUCCUAUAACCAGGCAUUUUGCUGAUAUUGAUCAAAGCCUGCUUUACAUCACCUUAGGAUGUGGGGUUAAUAAAACUUAAUGUUUGGGUGAGGACACUA